AUGCGCACAGGCAUCAUUAGAAACAUUCCACCCAGCAGUGUAGAAGCUAUCACUAAGUCAAUUGAAGCUCAUCCCUCACAAAUCAUCGAAGUCAAAAGAUUGCAAAAAAGAGCCACUGUUGAUGGCACCACCAAACUUGUUCCUUCUUCUCUAAUUAUUGUUAAAUUCAAGGGCCAAAUUCUUCCUAAAUUUGUUUACAUUUUCAAAACUAGACAAGAGGUUAAUCCCUUCAUUCCCAAUCCCCGCACGUGUUACAAAUGCUAUAGAAUCGGGCAUAUCAAACCUGUUUGUAGAGGAUCCGAAAGAUAUCCAAACUGCGGCUGUGACAAACACAAAGACGAAGAGAACUGCCCCAUGGCAGACAAACCUCCUACAUGUAUAAAUUGCAAAGGCAACCACAUUGCCACCUCUCCCGACUGUCCAAUCUUCUUCAGACACAAACAAAUCCUCUCUCUAGCAGCAUCCGAAAAUAUACCUCUCUUUAAGGCAAGAAAAAUUAUUCGUUCUAACACUCCGACCAGUGUUUCCCACUCUCGCUCCUCGGACCUCUCUAGCGACCCUAAAGUGGACUAUAGAGACUUUCCUCGCCUAAACAACAAGCAACCUGAAAAUUCCUACAAUCAUCAUUCUUACACUGACCCUCUCCCGUCGUCUUUCUAUAGCAACAACAAAUACGAUGCCUUAAAUAACAUAAAUUCUUAUGGCUUUUUCGAGUCGCCACGUCAUUCUUCCUCGGAUUCUUACGCAAAUGCUGUAUCUAACCAAAAACACACUUGCUUGAAUUCUAAUGAGUAUGCUCCUUCUCAUCUUCCUACAAGCAAUAAUGGCUCUAACCAAGGCCGCGGUGGCCCUUCGCUACCACGCGGUCCCGCCCAGACCAGAUAA